AAUUAAAUUCCGUUCGCACAUGCCUGUCACUAAUCGUGAUUACGUAUCCGCGCCGGUAUUGGUCGAUGUUCCGAAGCGCGCGCACGAACGUGCCAGCAAAAAACUCGCGAAGUACAGAACCGUAUAAGUCGUCCCCCACCGCGGUUACCACGCCAGUCAGUCUCAGGCCACGGGUAAUACGCGUUGGAUGUUUAUCCGCUCUUUUCUCUUCGCGCACGCGAUUUAUCCUUGACGAAACGCCACGAAAACUUGCACAAAGGUGUACCAGCCGGUUAAUCGAUCUAUCCGGACCGUGUCAGUAUGUAUCGCGUGCCUUGUUCCUUCGAUCUUUAAAACCCGUUCGGGACACUGGCAUCGCGCUUCGUUCGUGUAUUCCGCGCUAUGGUAGACGAUCGCCUCGAGUCGAAUGCGCGUCGUUUCGACCAAAACAUCCGCGACGUUUGAUCGCGAGAUAAUCGUUUCGUCGAUCGCUGGCCUCGGUGCAAGGUUAGGCUCUUUCGCCGAGCGUUGUGCGAUUAAUUGGCGCGUUUAGUGCAUACCACGGGAGUCGGUCGAUGAGGUUAGGGUGGCGUAGUAUACGCGCGACGACUAUUCGGAUACGCGAUGCGACUCUGACAGUUCGUCGAAUCGCCUUUACUACAACGUUGUUCACACGUCGCACGACAAAACGCUGCGUGCAGUGCUCGAGGGCAUCACAGCCGGCGACGGUGACUUUGACAGCGCACCGUUAGAAGUGAGGUUAAUACGUGGGAGGUGGUGUCGUCGUUGUGCGUGUGCGUGCUGUGCACGGAGGACAACACGGCGAUAAUAUCAUGACGGCAAUGUUAGUGUCCGUGGCAGAGCUGUCGAACAUUUUCUUCGUGCUCGCAGUCUCGAUAUGCUUCUGUGGAGUCUUCUUGUUCAUCAUCAGGAACAUGAUCGUACUUCGUAUUCACGGCGACGAAUUGAUGUUCGGCGGGAGUGGAAACGUAAUGACACAUUCGCCACGCAUACCUCAGAUGGAGAUGAUGAAGGUCCACAUUCCCUUCACCUUCAAGCUUCACGAAAGUUUCAAGAGCACUUACGCCGAGGUUGAAUGCGAGGUGUCGAGUCAAGUGGAGUAUUCUCUGCAAGCAAUCUGGGGUGUCAGCAUAAGAGAGCUUCACCUGGCGCUUUGGAAGCCUUGGAGCACCCUCAGAGACGCGUCCUUGAACGGCACUCUUCUUCAAGGCCACGCGCAAUACCUCACGCCGCCCCAAACACGACAACCCCACGGGGAGGAGACGCUGAGAUUGUCGCUUCCGGCGCCGGAAUUGGAAUUAGGGACUCCUCCGCGUCUUUGCUAUCCUCUGGUGAUCUUCCUGACGCGCAGAGACAACGGGGACCCGCAUCCCGAUGAAACCGUGGCACUGGUGAACGUCGUUCACAUCAAGGAUAGCGUCUGCACGUUACCGACCUCGAUUCUGGCGCAGUAUCUGAAACAAGCUAACGGCCAGUUGUCCUGCCUUAAGCAACUGUACCUAGCGACCGGAAACUCGACAAACUACGACGAGGGCGACGUGUCCUCGGGUUUGGGCUCGGCUCUGGCGCUCGCAGAGCCGUGCAACAACAACGGUGGUUCGACGAGAGGCGCCCUGGUUGCUUCUGGCACCGGGGAUCCCGAGGGAUCGCUUUGGAACACGGCGGGGGAACAAUUAUGCGUUGUUUGCCAAUAUUUUCCUCUGUCGCGCGCACUGCUGCCUUGCAGGCACACGUGCAUCUGCGCCUCUUGUUUCGGGAAGCUCGAUCGGUGUCCCAUGUGCAGAAGCCCGAUAAAAAGUUACUUCUGCAUCAGGGGCGAAGAAUACAUGCCGCUCGAGUCGGAUAUAAAUCCGUGCAAGCAGAGGCAAUCGAGCCACGGGCCGACCCACUGGCUCCACGAUUGGAACGACAGGCUCACCGAUUUCCUCGGGUUCGCGCGAUAGGAGGAUGCUGGAUGCGUUCUUUCGUUUCGUAUGUACAGCGUAUACACGAGACGGAGCAGAACGUCGAUGGUCGUUUCUCCGCGCGACGCCCAGAUUUCAUUCGAAAGAGUGUCUCUUAACUCUUGCUGAUACGAUCAGAGUCUGGCAACGAGGACGCCAGGACAUUAAUUUUUACGAAGACGAAACGAAGAAGCUCGUUGCGUGAUCCGGGAACGAAAGAAACGAGGAUGGUCUCGGUGUUAUUUCGUCUCGGAUGUACAGAGCACACACACGAGGCGGAGCAGAACGUCGAUGGUCGUUUAUCCACGCGACGCCCAAAUUCGAUUGGAAAUAGUGUCUCUUGGUCGAAGAACACCCUUUAACUCUUCUCGAUCCGAGCAGAGUCCGGCAAAAGGGAUCACGAAGAUGCUAGGACGUUAAUUUUUACGACGACGAAACGAAGAAGCUUGUGUGAUCCGAGAACAAACGAAACAAAGUCUCAGAAGCAGGGACUUACCUAUCAGGCGAAUCAUAAUUGCACAGCAACCUCGGUAGCAUAUCGGUUUCGGUAUGAGACUGCCAGUAAGUAUAAUAACGACGUUUUGACCUCCGCUUAAAAGGAAUCUUGAAAAUUAUAAUUAAAUUUCAAAAUCGUAAACAUCACCGGUAUUUCUGAAUACCGGUUUCUAUACCGGUAUUCCCCAUUUUAAUUUUAAGUCCCUGCUCGGAAGAAGCACCGAACUGUACGAAUCAGAGGAUAUCGGAUUGUCCUUUGAACGAAAGUUUAAGUACGACAGAAUGGGCUGAGUGGAAUGCAAGUUAGAUAGAAGUUCUGUUGAAACAAUUAUUGAUUAAUUUAACAUUUUCAGUAUCGGGAAUGUUCAAAAAAACGCGCGAACCGAUCGUUCGAAUAUAUUUCUUUCGAAUUUCAUUCUUCAUCGUUGAGGAGUUUCGUAGACUCUGCUAUGAGAAAUACAUUGCCUUGUCAUUGUAACUUUUUCUUUUUUUUUUUCUCUCUCUUUCUCUUUCUCUCUCCAUAUUUUUGUUUUUCACGAUUGAGAUCAAUAUCGUAAAGGAGACGCGGACGUUUUGUUAGGCGAUUAAGAUAACCUUCGGAGAUAGUUGAAGUGUGAAAAAAGUAAAAAAAAUUUGCGAUACGCCAGACGAGAGAAGGGGAAACGUUCGAUAAAGAAGAAGUGGAGUUUCUAAAUCGGAAGCUCGGAUUAACGUUUCAGAUUUUUACUACGUAACGUUGUAUAAAUACUUAAGGUGUACAUACAAGAUAAAAGUAAGACGUGUCCGAUUCUAAGAUUGUAACUAACGGUUAAGUUAUUGAUAUUAUUUCAUACGAUACGCAAAUUUUAUCGGUAGAUAUAGAAAUAUUAGUUCCGAUAUGCAUGCCUUUAAAGUAUUCUUCUCCUCUCCCUCCCCCUCUAUUUCUUUGUUCUUUCCGUGCAGAUUAAUAGUCUGACUGGAAGAAAGUCUUGUUUUUUUUUCUCGCGAAUGCUCUGCCGUCCAUGUGCAGCGAUGGAGCCCACUUUUCGUAAAGUUCUUAUGAAAAGCGCUACACAAAAAUAAGAACGUUGCUAAAUUAAUUUAAGAAGGAUGUUGCGUUAACGUUUAAACUGUAAAUACACAGACUGUGAUAAUUGUAAUAACAUCUAUUAUGUAACCAGAUACACAAAAGUGCCCUAAAUUCGGGGGCAUCAUAACGGAAGGAAUUGGAGCGGUGCGAACAGGAACAUGAAAUCGUUUUUAGAUUUCACAUUCAAUACAUACAUGUUAACAGCCUUUUUUUUAUAUCUCCUAGGCACUUGCAUAGAACAAAACGAUAAUACUCUUUUGCUGGGGGUUUGUAAUUAACUAAUUGGAAUUUUACCCGCAUUAUGAAACCGUUCUGAAUAAACGUAAAGUUUCAUCAUAGUUGCUUUUUAAAAUUUAACUAAGAAACAGGUUCGAGUAUUCCCUAACGUUUUAUUUUUCAUUUCCUUAUAUUGAUUUGGAAUAAUAUCCGACGACGAAAAUACUAGAGACCGAUAUUUUACAAAUUAUUCUGUUUCACAAAGUAAACGAUUGAGUUCACCAUACAGCUGCAAACCCCAUUAUGUAGAAGUAUGGGAGUAUAUGGAACUAUAUGUGCUAAUUCAAGAGUAAAGGCCUCUGAAGUCAAUGUUAUUGUAGUCGAAGAUCUUAACAUCCUAAUUUAUAUUUUAUUUAG